AUGGGGAAGGAAGCCAGGGACCAGAUCCAAAGACUCUCAGCGGGAGGGAAUGCCCAAAGUAUUACCACGGAAACCAAGCGGAUGCUAACCCCGGGGACGUCUGCACGGACCCGGAACCCGUGGGCCAACCUUGUAACAGACAUUGUAGGCAGAAGCAUGAGGUCACAGGACACGGCGCCAAAGAAAAAAGCGGUCCGAAGACGUGUGUGCCCUUCGGAGUCCAGGAUCCCCGCUCGUGCACACCGGGAUCGAACCAAAGCAAUCCAGAAAGCACAGUCUUUUCUAAAUACAGAAAACUACCUGUGUGUCAAAACAGAAACAUAUCAAACACAACACAGAACCAGCAACAAAGGGGAGAAAAAAAAAAAAAAGAAAGAAAGAAAGAAAAAAGAGAGACUGUGCAACAGACGUUGA